UAAAAGCGACGCGGACGGAAUUUUCAAAAGAGAUACAUUGUAUCCUGACAUGUGACACACUAAAGCCACUUAUUGGAGACUUUUAAAGACGUUUCUUGAUGGCCACCCCGAGCAAGACUCCUCCAGGAGCCGACCCGAAGCAGCUGGAGCGGACUGGCACGGUCCGGGAGAUCGGGUCCCAGGCGGUGUGGUCCCUGUCCUCCUGUAAACCAGGUUUCGGAGUGGAUCAGCUGAGGGAUGACAACCUGGAGACCUACUGGCAGUCAGAUGGAUCCCAACCUCACCUGGUCAACAUCCAGUUCAGGAGGAGAACCACGGUGAAGAUGUUGUGUAUUUAUGCAGAUUAUAAAUCAGAUGAGAGCUACACACCCAGUAAAAUAUCGGUCAGAGUGGGAAACAACUUCCACAACUUGCAGGAGAUCAGGCAGUUGGAGAUGGUGGAGCCCAGCGGUUGGAUUCACAUCUCUCUGAUGAACCAGCGGACGAACGAGCCGAUCAGCACCUUCAUGAUCCAGAUCGCGGUGCUGGCCAACCACCAGAACGGCAGAGACACUCACAUGAGGCAGAUCAAAGUCUACACGCCCGUGGAGGAGAGCUCCAUCGGGAAGUUCCCACGAUGCACCACGGUCGACUUCAUGAUGUUCCGCACCAUCAGGUGAUCCGGAGGGACGAUGUCCAGAGAAGAGAAAAUCUGAUUUAUGAUUCAGAUUGAUUGAUUUCAGAAUCGAUCAAACUUGAGCUGCGUCUCUUUAAGGUUUUGUUAAACGGGGCUUUUUUUGAAAAACAGUAUUCGUAUAUUAAAUAAAGCUGCAAAUGUUGAAUAUAACCACAUUUUAAAAGAUGUUAAAAUGUGACAGUGAAUGUUUUUAUUGUGAUGUGAAGAGAACAAAAUCUGGGGAAACAAACUCCUCCUUUAACAUUUUCUAACGUUUUGGUUCCACGUUGUUCCCACACAGUCUGAUCCAUAAAACACUGAAUCAUUUGUUUAUUUUUAUACUUUAGACCAGGAGUCCGACCGAGUUCAUUAAGAAGCCAAACUGUUGUGCCUUCAUGUUGUCGAUUUGUUUGUGAAUGUUGAAUUAAAUGUGUUUC